AUGGAUGAGAAAGGAAGAAGCCUGAAGAACAACAACAUGGAAGACGAAAUGGACCUGAAGAGAGGUCCAUGGACCGCUGAAGAAGAUUUUAAACUCAUCAAUUACAUUGCUACUCACGGAGAAGGUCGAUGGAACUCUCUUUCUCGUUGCGCCGGACUCCAACGCACAGGUAAAAGCUGUAGACUAAGGUGGUUAAACUAUCUCCGCCCUGACGUCCGCCGUGGAAACAUUACACUCGAAGAACAACUCUUGAUCCUCGAACUCCAUUCCCGUUGGGGCAAUCGAUGGUCAAAAAUAGCACAAUAUUUACCGGGAAGAACAGACAACGAGAUCAAGAACUAUUGGAGAACGCGAGUGCAAAAACAUGCAAAACAGCUUAAAUGCGAUGUGAACAGCCAACAAUUCAAAGACACGAUGAAGUACUUGUGGAUGCCUCGACUCGUCGAGAGGAUCCAAUCCGCCUCGGCUUCGGCCUCAGCCGCAGCCGCAGCCGCCACCACCACGACGGGGUCAGCCGCCACGUCAUCUUGCAUCACAACCUCUAACAACCAAUUCAUGACGUAUGACUACAACAACAACAACAACAUGGGACAACAGUUUGGUGUAAUGAACAACAACGAUUAUAUAACGCCUGAAAAUUCCAGCGUGGCAGUGUCUCCGGUGUCUGACUUGACGGAUUACUACAACGCUCCAAAUCCGAACCCGGAAUACUAUUCGGGUCAAGUAGCGAAUAGUUAUUAUCCGGAACAGAAUUUGGUUGGUCCACAAAUGUUACCGGAGAAUUAUUUCGAUUACAGUGGAUUAUUAGAUGAAGAUUUGCCGGCUAUGCAGGAGCAGAGUAGUCUAAACUGGUUUGAAAACAUCGAUGGGGCUGCUUCUUCUUCGGACAGUUUAUGGAACAUUGGAGAAAGUGAUGAAGACUUCUGGUUUUUACAGCAGCAACAACAGUUCAACAAUAAUGGCAGCUUCUGA